AUGCUGGGAUCCGUGCACGAACGUGAGUUGGAGGCGGACGCAAUUGUGUUGCUACGACCAGCUCUAAAGGACGCGCCUGAGUCGCCGGCUCGCGUCGGGAUCGAGGUUGUGCUGAGUCGUGAGCGUGAGAGCAGCGCUUCUGAACCGGAUGAGACGGCGGCAGACGUGCAUUGGGCGCAGCAGGUUUGGCGUCCCGUUGCCAGUGAACCGGUGUCUACGCCUAAGCGUUGUGCGCGACGUAAGCCACUUUCUGUUCUUACUAUCCAAAAUGGCGCGGUCGAACGUGAGUACUUCACCGCUAGCCAACUACUGCGCCGCGUACGCUCCGAUGGCCCCGCCGAUCUGGACGGCGACAACGCGACGCGAAGCGGCAGUAUCAAGUUAAGAGACAUUCGCCAGAUCUGCAGCGGCGGUUUCGCGAGUCAAAGGCCCUCUAUCGAACUCAGGCGCGGUUGCGUCCUGAUGAACAUGCCUCAGGGAAUCAAGGCGUUGAUCAUACAAGACAAAGUCAGUCGCUAA